AUGUCUCCAAAUCGAGACGUUCUUGAGCUGUGGCGACGACUUCGGCAAGAGUCUCUCUUCGUCUCUUCGGAGCGCGAGAGUCUCGGCAAGCUGCACAACGAUUUGAAAGCAGACCACUACAAGCUUCUGCAGCAACUGUACAGAACUCGGCGGCUGCAGUCGAACCACUACGUCGCGGAAACCGGCGGAGAUUUAGGAGAAUGUUUUUCUAUCGACAACAGAUUGCAAGUCGCGGAAUUCUGCGAAAUGCCGUUUCAAGAAGCAGAAAUGAUAGCGCCGUUUUUGAAGAGUUUAAAGGACAAUCCCACACUCGUCGCGGCUUGUCUUGUUUACGGCGAGAAAAUGCAGCUAGAAUCUGCGACGGGCUUUAAUUCCUUGUUGGAAACUGUUGUGCUUUCUUUGUACGGGCAAUCGUGUGCUACUCAGAAUCAUUCCGCGUUGCUAGAAUUCAUCCAGUGUCUGAUGCUUCACCAAAUCGGCGCGACAAACCGACCAAGGGACGUUUUGAAACGCGGCGCCUUCAUUACUACUUAUCGACUCCUUGUCGAGGCUCUUCCUGAAUCGCGUCUAUUCCUCACCGCCGCGCUUUACCAACCCAUCGUUCAAGUUCUGCUGGACGAAGGGCCCCCGCUCGAGAUUAAUGCCGACAAAGUUUGUGAUUAUUUCUCACCUAGAGAGCUUCAGCUGCGCUUUGGUCAGCGAGGAAGCGAACCCUUCAAGCAGAAAGUCGCCGAGUUCUGUAAAAACACACAGCAACGCCUAGACGACCACGUCAAACGCUUCAGCGCUGCGAUCGAGCAGUCCCUUGCUUGUUUCCCAAGCGCGAUCGCGUACGUUAUCGCUCGCUCUUACAAUAUCGUUUCUGACGGCGGAAUGUGUCCUCCCGACGAGGCGCGAACUCUGGCCGCCGAUUUGCUUCUUCAGGACUUCAUAUGCCUCGCAAUCGUCAAUCCAGAGCGAUACGGAGUCACUGGAGAUUUGCCGAUUACCGAGACAGCGCGAAUCAAUUUAAUCCAAAUCGCUCAAAAAUUGCAGAAAGCGGUCAUCUCGGGUGGUGUCCGUCACUCGGGCGGAUUCCUGACAAGAAUGGUGGAAGAAAUCCUCACACUUGAUUCUGGCGAGCCUAGUACUCAAGCGAAUAUUACCUUCGAAGAUAGAGCUGUCUUGUGCACAAGAAAAGAGCUGGAAAGACUGAUUAUGUUCAUGCGACAAGUGGAGAUUUCAGAAGUUCAAGGAGUGGAUCGAGUUUCUUUGGGAGGAAUCAAUCAAUUGGUCAAGAAUUUUAAAAUGACUUCUCCAGCGACCCAGUCACCUCUUGGUUCUCCAAUGGUGAGUAAAUCUCCACCGCCGAAGUUCGCCGAAAAAGCGAUGAGCUUCAUCGACAAAAUGGACAACAAAGUCAAGCAGCUGCAGCAAGAAGGAAUCAAGGGACUUGACAAACUAAGAAUCGACGAUGAGCCGGAAAAGAAACAAGAAACUCGUGAAAUUGUGUUCAUUAUCAACCUUCCCGGAACAGACGAAGAAUUCAAAAUCUUGUCGGAACAGGACAUCGUCACUCAGAGCGAAUUGCUAGACGACGAUCGCGCUUCGCUUGAUGAUGAUGGGGUAAGCCGCGGUAGUAAGAGCAAUUAUUCCGUUGAAGAUGAUCGAACAAGUUCAAGCUCUGUUUCGGAUCAUUUAUCCUCGCUUCAUGGCUCUGCUGGCGCUCCAGUUGAAGUUGAUAGACUUCAGGACGAAACAGACUCGAUCGCUGAAUCCAACCCUCAUUCGAAUAGGGAUGAAACUCUACAGGCUCUCGACGAAAAAAUGCCAACAAAUCGCGAAAGUAUCGAAGAUCGAAUGCGCAAAUUCGAGCUUGGAGUCCGUUUUGACAUUGGCAACGACCGAGGCGACACUCGAUCGGAUUGUUGGUCCACUGAUGUUGCUGCUAGUGAGCACUCGGAGCCCUUGACGGAAGCAGAUUAUGCUUCGCGGCUGGAGGAAAUCGCGGAAGAUCCAUCCGAAGAACUGAGAGUUCCACCAGAAGAUUCGCGAUCGGAUAUUUGGAGCGUUGAGUGUCUUGUGCCUAGUUCAGGGUUACUUAUUGAUAUUGAUAACGAGGACGAGGAAGGUCCACAUUCUCCGCCGGCCGAGGAUGUGGUGCGAUCACGCGCCUCCACUCCCGGAUUGAGCUACACGGCCGAAUCCAUCUCUAGCGCUUGCUCCGACUCGGGUCAGAAGCCAGAAGGGGCGGGAGAUUACGCCUCCUCCAAUGAUCUAAACGACAAUCGUAGUGACGAUGGAAGGGGCCAAAACAGAUCGCCAAGGCCGUCUGUUCUUCAAAACACAGAAGCUUGGCGGGCUCAACAAGCCGCCCUUUCACAAACAACUGGAGAACGCAUUUCUCCAACAGAAAAUCAAUCGGACGACUCUUCAAAACCAGCGAAAAUCGGAAAUCGGCGCUCCUUCGGCAUCAAAAACUUCCGAAAAGGCAAUAAUGUGAUGAAACCGAAGCCGUCGAUUCCGAACAAGUUGCUUCCCUCGGCGCUCAGGAAAAAUUCGAAUUCAGCGCCGCUCACGCCUCCCGCGCUGGCAACGACGAGCACUUCUGCUCCUGGCGAUCCGGGCAAUUUUUCGGCUUUUGACGUUAUGGCCAAGUAUCAACAAAUGAACAAGAAACAAGACGAACCAGCGACUGGAAAUUUAAUUGAUAUUGAAGCACCCGUUACGCCAACGCCACCACUGGAAAGGAGGGAUGAAAAGACGAAGAAAGAGAGUAUAGACGAGAAACAGGCCCGACUGGAAGAUGUCCGCCGAAAGCUCCGAUAUGUGCUCUCCGCUGCUGACCCAGUGGACGCUUCGCCAAUGAUGCCCACAACUCGGACAACUUCGCAACAUGAAAAACUCUUGGAACUUUUACGAGCUCAGGCGUACGAGGCGCUCGCCAUUCAGGAUCGAAAUACUGCUGCCCAAUUACAAGAAACUGUUAGAGCUGUUGAACAAUUAUCUCAAAAACAAACGAAGCAAGUGCUUGACUUAUUAUGGAAAGAAUACAAUCGAAGAUCAGAUUACGUCCGAUAUCUCGUCAGAGCCAGGCAAAAGUUGCUUGGAGCUCUUGCUCACAUAAGGCGAAUGUCGCGAUCAGGAGAAAGAGCUCAAGAAAGCGGUCGACAGCAUUUCUUAUCAGUUGCGGCUUCGAUUUUGUUGAAAAAGAAGUCGGACUCUGUUCAAGCUUUCGUUGGCCAUUUCAAUAGGCAACAGACGAUGGAUGACAAGGCCACUUUGGUCAACAAAUUACUACAGUUCUUGUUCGGACAGAUCCAGCAAGAGCCAGAAUGGAAACAUACGAAUCACGACGAAUUAGAAGAGAUCCAAGCGGCCGUCCAUCGCAGCCUUCUGACCAGACACAACAUUUAUCACCUGAUUAUUUACCCCAACAGAGAAAUCGACAUUGAACGCGAUCGGGUUUUCACGCAUCAUAUCGAGCAAAUUUCGGCGAAAAUCACGACCGACCACCCAAAACUUCAAAUUCCAAAGAAAUAUUGCCGAGAAAGUCCGUGGCCGAGUGCUCAAGAAGAAGCACGUCUGAUCUCAGUUUACCGGACGCCGGCGGAAAAAAUGAUGCAAACUACUCGUCUAUGCAAGGCAAUUUUGAAUUUACUGAAAUUAUCGAACCCGUCAAACGUUCCUGGUGCAGAUGAUCUGGUUCCAGUUCUGGUUUAUGUAAUUAUUAAAGCCAAUCCUCCUGCUCUCUUGUCGAUGAUUCAAUAUGUUGAAACUUUUGUACCGACUGGUGCCGGAGAAGACUCGUUUUACUGGAUGCAGUUUACCGCCGCAUGCAAAUUCAUCCAAACUAUUGAGCCGUAA